AUGCCCCGUCAACGCCGCGCCGCCCCCGCUCCCUCCCGGGCUGCCCCAGCCAGACCUAUGCCAGCUGCUCCCGCUCCCGCUCAGACCCAGCAGCGUCCAUCUUCAACGGCCGCUGCACCCCCAGCGCCAGCAGCUCAGCCGGCUGCCUCAGCACAGACAAGCCAAGGGCCAGGUCUCUUUUCCCAGAUGGCAUCCACCGCCGCCGGUGUCGCUGUGGGAUCCUCUAUAGGCCAUGCAGUUGGCAGCUUUUUCACCGGUGGAUCCUCCAGCGCCCCUGCCGAAGCUGCUCAAGCUCCCCCCGCUGCGGCCUCGCCCAUAGAUAACAGUUUGUAUCAGGCCAACUCCAGCAGCAGCUGGAGCCAAGGUGGUGCCUGCGAAACCGACAUUAAAGCUUUCAGAACUUGUAUGGAUGAGCAUUCAGGCAACAUGUCCAUCUGUGGUUGGUACAUGGACCAGCUGAAAGCUUGCCAGGAGGCUGCUAAGAAAUAUUGA